AUGCAACUUUCUAUGAUCCUAGCAGCUCUGACCACUGCCAGUUCCGCGACGGCUGCAACAUCGCAGCUAUGGAACUUCACCGACCAUGCCGUAACCAUCGAGAACAGCGCUUUGCGGUCUAACGGACACCUGCUGCUUACAACAUUCGACAAUGCGAGUCUGUAUACACUCGACACGCUCGCCGAAACCCCACAAGCAUCGCUCGUUGCCAAGUUCCCUGGGGCCACUGCGAUCGGCGGCAUCGCCGCUAUUGACGCGGAUAAGUUUGCGAUCUUGGGAGGUGUGCGAGGAAGCAACUACUCCUACACCGACGAGACUGUCUAUACAAUCGACUUCAGUUCCGGAAGCUCGACAACACCACCAAUCGUCAACGUAGUCGCCAAGAUCCCCGACGCUGUCAUGUUGAAUGGCCUUGCCUCCCUUCCUUCCAAGCCCCAUAUCGUGCUGGCUACCGACUCCCGCCUCGGCAGUAUCUUUCGCAUUGAUACGCAGACCGGCGAUUGGGAGAUAGCCAUCACGGACAACCUCUUCGCGGCGCCAGACAACGCCACUAUCCCUAUCGGGAUCAACGGCAUUAAGAUUGCGGACGACUUCGCAUACUUCACCAACACCGCCCGAACGAGCUUCGGCCGCGUACCAAUUACAGAAGACGGGUACAGAGCCGGCGACGUUGAGAUAGUGGCGGUUGCUUCCGGAGGCUAUGCUUGGGACGACUUCGUCAUCGACUCGUCUGGGAACAUAUACGCGGCCCAGACGCAGAAUGCAGCGGGCCAGAUCUUUUUGAACGGAACCUACACGACUAUCGCCGGCGGAGGGGACAGCACAUUCAUCCAUCGCCCUACGUCAGUUGCGAUCUCCGAAGAUAGCAAGACCUUGUUCGUAACCACGGGAGGAAACGUCGUCAAUGGAGUGACGUACAGUGGGCAGGUCAUCGCGGUUGGCUUGUAA